CUCCGCCAUCUUAAGAUCAACGUAUUGUUGAGUCUACGCAGUGUUUCUCCGGCUCGCCGUUUUCCUCCAUCUUUAAAAAUGAGUGACCAGCUCUGUAAGCUGUUCGUGGGUGGGCUGAACGUGGACACCGACGAUGAUGGCCUGCGCAAGCAUUUCGAGCAGUACGGCACCCUGACCGACUGCGUGGUCGUCGUGAACAAGCAGCUGCAGCGCUCCCGCUGCUUCGGCUUUGUUACCUACUCCACGCCGGAGGAGGCCGACGCCGCCAUGGCGGCAAGGCCGCACACCGUCGACGGCAACGCGGUGGAGGUGAAGCGAGCGGUGGCCCGAGAGGACGCGAACAAGCCCGAAGCUCUGGCUAAAGUGAAGAAAAUCUUCAUCGGCGGGCUGAAGGACGACAUCGAAGAGCAGCAUCUGACCGAUUACUUCUCGCAGUACGGGCAGGUGGAGAAGUCCGAAGUCAUCUCCGAGAAGGAGACGGGCAAGAAGAGGGGCUUCGGCUUCGUGUACUUCACCGACCACGACUCGGCCGACAAGGCGGUGGUGGUGAAGUUUCACACCGUCAAUGGACACAAAGUGGAGGUGAAGAAGGCCCUGACGAAGCAGGAGAUGCAGGCGGCGAACAGAAACACAAUGGCGCCGAGGGGCAGGCCGGGCCGCGGCAUGCGGGGGAAUCAAAAUGGCUACGGAGGCAGGGAUUAUGGCGGAAGCUACAGCUACGGAAAUGGCGGCGGUGGCGGCGGCUACAACGGUGGCGGCUACGGAGGGUACGGUGCGCCGUACGGAGGCGGCUACGGCGACCAGGGCAGCGGCUACGGUGGCGGCAACGGCUACAGCGACUUUGGCAGCGGCUACGGCCAGCAGAGCUCCGGCUACGGGCCCAUGAAAGGGCCGCCAUUCGGGGGCCAGAGGAGCGCCGCUCCCUACACCAGAGGCGGCGGCGGCGGAUACCCCAGGGGGGGCUACGGCGGCGGCGGCUACUAAAAGGCGACACCGACACGUCCCCCACCCCCCGCCACGCGUUCCUCCCCGCCAUUUGGACGCGAAACUCUGCCACUAAUGGGACGCCCGCCGUGAAUCCCAUCCGUGGCAGAGGCCCCUCCCCCACCUGAAAGCCCGAACAGGUAGGAAGGUCACCCCCCAGAACACCUGCUUACACCGAACAGCGGCUCUUGCUGUUCACCUAGGACGCAUAAUUGAUGAUUCACGCGUUCAGUGCUCCCCUUUUUUAUGUGCCCACGCCACCAGCGAGGUUGUCUUUAUAGAGUUGAAAUAUUAUUUUUUUUUAAUUUGCGUUCAGUCGUUGUUUGAAAAAAAAAAAAAAGAAAAGACACAUGAUGUAGGAUUAUUUUUUCCUCAGAAGUUCUAUUUGCAUUUUAAGCAUUUCGAUUCGAUUUUGUUGAACUUAGUGGAAAAUUUAGUGUAUUUUCUUUUCAAUGUGAGGAUGAGAAAGCAUGUUUUAUUUUUGUUGGUUUUCAUAGAUGUCAUUCUUACACUUUUGUAUGAUUCUUUUUUCCUUUUUUUUUCUGGGCCAUCCAAAAAAAAAAAGAAACGUUACUACUGCAGGACUCUAGAUUCCCCUCCCCAUAAUGUACUUAUGUACUCCAGCAUAUUAAUAGUCUCAGUCUAAAUAUUGUUCAUUUUUUCCAUUAUCUGUAGCAAUAUCUAUUGUAUAUUGUAUACUUUCAUGUGUUGAGAACAAACCUUACUGUUGGUAUGCUCCUGUAUGUUCAUUUUAAAUAAAACGUUAUACCACUUA